GGUAAGGUCUACCACUGCGCCAGAAAGCCUGUCAAGUUCUGCUUCUGCCACCGCCUCUGCUACAACAGCUACGGUACCUGUUUCUAGUCCCAUUGCUGCACAAGACAGCCGGGCAAGUUCCGCUUCUGCCUCUGCUCCUGCCACUGCUUCUGCUACUGCAACGAGAGCUGAAGCUACAGCAGCUGCAGGCACAGCUGUUUCAUCCGUUGAUAGAGGAUAUCAUGUCUUACCUGCUAUGCCAACCCCAACACAGAUUGCAGACAUCAAGAAUCGCAGAAAGUGGAACAAGGUAGUAGCAGGUCUUGGAAGGAGUUUUUUUUCUUUUUGGAAUACUUCACAUCCGGUAGUACCACCGCAUGGCAAACAUGCCAAGCUUGCCACGUACAGUGACAGACUGGUUGCUGUGUGGCGUGAUGGUGUGAACAUCAUCAAGAUCCUGCAGACAUCAGACUUGCAGACAUGGCACAGUAUUGACCUACCAAGUGAAUACAGUAAGCUGGCUGGCCCAUCACUGGCAUCCCAUGGUGGUAUGCUGUACAUGCACUGUAACACAUACACCAAGAGCACCGACACACCGGUGCGCUCUAUUCUGCAGUACUGCGACACACCAGAUAACGGUGACGGCGGCCGCAGUGGUGGUGAUGGUGGUGGUCGAUGGACCACACUUACGGACGUCCCGUCGCACUGUCGCCAUGACUGGUGUACUCUACAUGUAUGUGCUGAUGCUAUUUCUCUAUAUGGUGGCCAGCAGGAUAGUGAUGGAACAAGGCACAAUCAUGUUGGUAUCUAUUCUCUCGAUAGCAAGCAGUGGGGCUCUUCUUUUUCAUCAUCCAAUGCUAGCCUAGUAUUACCUUCAUUGCCACUAUCAUGCAGCCGGGCAUCACUUGUCACAUUCCCUGAUUCACUGUACUUAGUUGGUGGUCCUACUGGUUGUUUCUUCAAACACCAUGAUGGUAGGUGGGUGUCCACCAGUCCACCUGAUGGUGUUAAGCUGAAGUUUAGUGCAGCAUGCGCACUGUCUGACCACUGGAUGGUUAUUUGCCCCAACACACCUUCUGCUAAGUGUGUCGUAUAUGAUAUUUCAUCUGGACAGGUCUAUCCACUACCAGCUAUACCGGAGCACAGUCGUUACACCCCAUCACUCACACUGUUUGGCAGUACACUGGUACUCAGUGUAGGUGGACCUGGCAGUGCUGCUGCUCUGUACACACUGGAUAUGAGUGUGUGAGUGUAGUAGGUUACUAACUACAGUCAAUCACUGAUGAUAACUACAGUAUGCAAACUGUACUGCUUUUCACUUUCUCUCUAUUAUCAGGAAGUUGCUAAUCUUUGUUUUUACAUCUUUCUGGUUGUCAAGUAAUUGUCUAGUUUUCCGCUGCCUAAUCCCCUGUAACAUAUACCCAGAUUGGUUGAGUGAAUAUUACUCUUACCUCUAUAGUCACCUCCAAACUUACCCAUUCUUUCCUUGAUGCAUCCACAGCAGGAAUGUGAAUUGUGAACUGAAAACUAUUA